AUGGCAUCCUAUCUCAUUACCGGUUGUUCUCGUGGACUGGGACUUGAGUUAGUCAAACUUCUCGCAAAAUCCACUGUCGCGAACACCAUCCUCGCAACCGCGCGCCGCGAAACCCCAGCCUUGAAAUCGAUCAUCGACUCUGCCGAUGGCCGUGUUCAUUACAUUCCUCUGGAUGUCACCGAUGAUGUCUCUAUCACAUCUGCUGUGGAGACGGUAACGAAAAAGCUGAACGGAAAGGGCCUGGAUGUGCUUAUCAACAAUGCGGCUAUCCAUAUCCUCGAGGCCCAAGGCGCAACCAAGAUGCAUGCCUUGGAGGAGACAUUAAAGGUCAAUACUAUUGCAGUUCACAACGUUUCCUCCGCAUUUCUCCCGUUGCUUGAAAAUGGAACCCAGAAGAAACUCCUCAUUAUCACAUCCCACCUUGGUUCCAUACGGUCCAAGGACAAUUUUGCCGCAGCUCCAUUCCCGUCAUACAAAAUUUCCAAAGCCGCUGUGAAUAUGCUCAUGGCGCAGUAUGCAAUGGAGCUGAAGCCGAAGGGCUACACGGUGUUCGGGGUCAGUCCUGGCUGGCUAAGGACAGAUCUUGGGGGGCCAUUAGCCGAUUUGGAGCCGAUUGUAGGAGCUACGCAGGUCCUGGAAAUUCUGGCGAAGGCGACUCCUGAGGAUGGUGGCCAUUUCAAACAGAUCUUCGUGGAGGGCUCUGAAAUCUAUAAUGGGAAGGAUAUUGCGUGGUGA